AUGGGCGAUUUCUUAGGUGGCUGUCUAAGUCAUUUCUUUGCAGAUGACCUAGCCGCAAUUGUAGCAGGUAGUAUUGGUAUGAAAUAUGCGCAACAAUGUAUCGAUCUCGAAAGAAAGCUCCAAAAGUUCCUCGAUAAUCUUGAAUAUUAUCGUGUUCUAACGUCACAGCUAAUUAAUUUUGCAAAAACGGAGGGUUUAUGGUCAACGAGAGCAGUCGGGGAACCUAAGUUUGAAAUAUCUUCAUCUAAUGGAGCAGUUCAAUGA